AGAGCCGGGCUGCCUGCCACCCGGCGGCACAUCCGCGAGCUCUUGGAGGAGCGCUCUCUUCUCCAGCCGCUGACAAAAGGAUGGGAGGAUGCCAGAGCCCCGGGAUACGGGCACCGUGCAAACCUGCGGGCGUCUGAGCGACUUCACCCUCCGCCGGAAAUGUACCCAGGGCUAGCUUUGAGAAAAUACACAGAGUUCGGCUGUUGCUGUGAUUUCCUAAACAACUGCUGUAUUUCGUGAAAAUCUGCCUAUGCCCAAGGAACAGAUUAUAUUGUCUCUUGAGAUACCUUCGAGCUUUCUGCCUAGGAGUCCUUUUUGCUUCCUGGAAGGUGUUCAAGAAUUUCAGAAAUUGAAAAAGGAUAAGUGGAAGGAGAAAAUGUUGGGCUGGUGUGAAGCGAUAGCCCGUAACCCUCACAGAAUCCCAAACAGUACAAGGACACCCGAGAUCUCAGGGGAUCUGACUGAUGCAUCACAAAACUCAACCUUGAAUGACAAAUCCCCAGGACGUUCUGCAAGUCGAUCAAGUAACAUAUCAAAGGCAAGCAGCCCAACUACAGGAACAGCUCCCAGAAGCCAAUCCAGGCUGUCUGUCUGCCCAUCCACUCAGGACAUCUGUAGAUCUUCCACCUUGCAUGAUUUGUCAGAAGAUACAUUUGAGCAUUCCACCCCUGUCAUGGUGCUGACUCCUACUUGUAGGGAGUCUAGUAAGAAACAAUUGAAACAGAGGUUUAGGCGAAGGAAGAGAGAGGCUUCUGAAAGAUAUGAGCAUGCAGAAAAGCAGAGACAGGGGAAGAAAACUAAGUUUCACCUCCCCAUCUCAAGUCCUCGAUGGAGUGAAUUCCGCAAAGAGUCCUCGGAUUCAUCUUCCACCGAUGAAAAUCACUGGGUUCAAGUUCGGCAAAGGGCCCAAGGAAGAAGUAAGCUUCCCCGAAAAGGAAGAAGAAGCCAUAACAGUACAUGCAGAAACCUGGAUGGGUCCCCAACUCCUAACACCAUUGAGGUUGUCCAUCUAGGCACCAGAGAGAAACAAGAGCUGACAGAAUAUGAGAGCUGCUCUUUAAAUCACCGUAGGGGAAAGGCCAAGAGAUACAAAGAAUAUAGCCUUUCACCACCUCUCACAUCUCCUGAGGCAAAAGAGCUUGGGGGAAAUAGAAGCCAGAACCACUUUGGAAAACCACAAUCUUUGGCUUAUCUCAGGCAAAAUGAAGCUCCCAAAGAAGUCUUUGCAGAGAGAGAUUCAGGAACUGAGACAAUGCCAGCAAUUUCAUGCCUGGAAGAACCGGUGGCUAUAAAGACCUGUGUCACUAAUACUGCUCGGGAGCUUCCUGCCCCAAAUGAUGACAGGUGUGAUGAUGAUUCAGAAGUGUGCAGGAUAUGUCACUGUGAGGGAGAUGAUGAGAGCCCCCUUAUCACACCAUGUCGCUGCACAGGAACCCUACGGUUUGUUCACCAGGCCUGCCUGCACCAGUGGAUCAAGAGUUCAGAUACCCGUUGCUGUGAGCUCUGCAAAUAUGACUUCAUUAUGGAGACCAAGCUGAAACCACUUCGGAAGUGGGAGAAACUACAGAUGACGACAAGUGAGAGGAGGAAAAUAGUCUGCUCUGUCACAUUCCACAUUAUUGCUAUCACCUGUGUCGUGUGGUCAUUGUAUGUGUUAAUAGAUCGGACUGCUGAGGAAAUCAAGCAAGGCAAUGACAACGGUGUCCUUGAAUGGCCAUUCUGGACGAAACUGGUUGUCGUGGCCAUUGGCUUCACGGGAGGCCUCGUCUUCAUGUAUGUACAGUGUAAAGUCUACGUGCAGCUGUGGCGCAGGCUGAAGGCCUACAACCGUGUGAUCUUUGUGCAGAACUGCCCCGACACUGCCAAAAAGCUGGAGAAGAACCUCCCCUGUCACGUGAACACAGACAUCAAGGAUGCUGUGGUGGUGCCUGUGUCACAAACAGGUACAAAUGUACUGCUGACAACCACAGAGGGUGGGACCCCAGAAGUCAUACCAGUCUGAUGGGACCAGCUGACCUUGUUUCACCAGAGUCUGAAAUGGUUUCCAGCCCUCAGUGACUCGAGAGCAGAAGUGAUCUUGCAUUGUUCCCCCAUCCCAGCCCUAGCUACCUGCUCCUUGCCUACCCUCCAACAAAACGAAAGAUGCAACAGAAGAAACAGACCAAGUACAGCAAAUGACCAAGAUGCCACAAUGCAGGGCCUAGAGAGGGAUGUGGACAUGCAUGUAUAAAGUCUGUUAUAUGUAUGUUACAUGUAUGUAUAAAGUCUGAGAAUCUUUCUGAAAGGCAAAGCAAACUCUUUGUGGCAAGGUGCAAUUUUUAACACCAACGUCAAGAAACUAACUGGAAACUCAUCACUGGUCACAGUAGCAAGAGGAAAGUGGGGGAAGGAUGAAGACUUGAAUUUCAAUGUGUAUUAUUACUUCUAGGGUCUUUUCUGACAAAGACUUCAUCUUCAAUACUGAUGGGGAAUAGCAAACACAUCUGGCUUAAAAUCUUUAAAAGUUGCUUGCAUUAGUCCUAAAUCAAAUCAGGAACAGACUUUAAAAAGGAUGGGCUAUGUGAUUUCUAAGGUCCCUUCCAUUAGUAAAAUUCUAUAAUUCUAUAAAGGAUGCAUAUUUUUCUGAGACUUCACACUUUGACGGUAAAUAGAUUUUUACAGCUACCCUGGAGCCUGAUUGUUUUGACACCUGCAUGAGUUAGAAAUAGAUGCAAUACACAUUCGAUUGUGUACAAUGAAAUGUUUUUGAAAAUGAUAUUCGACAAAUAUUUAUGAAGAACAGAGUUUCAAAAUAUUUUUUUGUUUUAUCUUUCACGAAAAUGCCAACCAAAAUUCCAAGCCAACUACUUGGUCCUAUGUCUUCUCUGAUGCCACCAAAACAGAGAUGACUAUGCCUUGAAUUUCAAUACAGUGUCUGCAUAUUUUUUAGAACAGAAGCUUCACUGCUUAUUGUAUUAAAAGGAUUCACAAGCAUACGAUUCUUACACAGCAUUAAAUUUAGUUCAAUCCAAGUAGGUUAAAGAAAGUAUUAUCCCUCAACAGGUUAAAAACCAAAUGCAAACUGCAGUAUUAUAUAAAGUGGCAGAAGUGGCAGAAGUGGCAGAAAUAACCAACUUCUGCUACUCUGAAGCAUCUGAGAGUGGAUAAUCCAAUUUAAAGUUGCUUUUAGAUCGAUACUAAAAGUCUAAAAUUAUGAGGUUUUAUAUAGCCUAUGAAGUAGGGCCCAGAUAAUAAGUUGUUAGGUUAGUGAUGACAGAGCAUCUAGACCCUUUUAAAAGACCCGUGUCUCUGCUUUGCUCUGCUGGUUUGGGUGAAUCCUACUCUGAGAAAAUGGAGCUCAGCAGCUCAGUUGUUAUUGUGUUCUUUGCAUAUUCAUGUAAAACUAAAGUGUGAAUGACAUUGCAGUGAGCUAGAGUAUUGGUCAUAGGUAUAAUGGUGUGCUCAAAGAAAGAUGUCCUACAUAAAAAAGAAAAACAAACAAAAAAAAAUGGUGUGUGAAUUGCUUUUGUUAAUUGUUAUAUUUAUUAUUGUGGCAAGAUAGCCAUGGUGGCCAUAAGAACCAGUGCAUGGUUUGCACAAGUCUGGUUAUCACGCUGAUGCAAUUUGUAAUUACCUGAGUCUCCUCUGUGCUCUUGUGGUUCACAGAUUUUUGUCAAGUGAAGAGGAAAAUAAAACCCCUUCCAGAGAGGAGAUGGACUAUGUUAACUGGUAGUAGCUGUCUCCAGAGUCCAAACAAUCCCAAUUCCUAGAAAUACUAAGUAUGAUGAACAAUUUGUCAGUUUUUUUAAAUAUAUUCAUGUAUAUACACAGCAGCAAAAUGUAAUGGUUUUCCAAUUGUCAUGGGACCAAGUUUGCGUAAAUCAUUACUCUGCAAGGUGGUGUGGAGGGCAUGAUGAAGAAGCAAGCAGAUAACAUAACAUGGGUGGAAAUGAAAUGCACCAACUAUGCACAAACACAGGCAUGAUCAGUUGCAUUAAAAAAAAAAACACACACAUACAAAACCUGGGUCCUUAAAGAACUAAAAUCUUGUAAUUAAAUUAUUCUAAAAUGUCUGAUCCAAAGCUUUAAGGUGAAUCCAUGACUUUAACACUAGCUUUGAGAGGCUUAACCAUGGGUUUCACACAAGAGCAUUAAUUAAUCUUGCUUCAAUUUUCUAACUGGUUUUCUUGGGCUUUAUAUAAAACAGUCCAUUUUUUUCAAAUGGAUUAGCAACGAUAAAAGGUAUUUCCAGGGAAGUAUUUCACCUGAAAAACAUUCUGAAUAUCACUGUUUUCACCUACAGGGCACAGAUUAUUUCUAUAACAACCACCCCAAACAAAUUUAAAACAAUCUUUUCAGACCUCCCUAUCAUAGCCAUAUGCACAAUCCAUAUCACAGUAGUGAGAUGAGACAGUAAAAUGAGGCCUCAUUGAUUCAGGACUAUACUUAAUGCUAAGAAAUUGAUUCCUGGGGGUGGAGCCAAGAUGGCAGAGGAAAGGAAAAUGAUUCCCAACAGAGGGCAGGUGAGUAGUAUUCUUAUAGGAAAAAGAUAACAAGCUGUUAACAAACAAUAGGAUUUAAAGUUACUGUAACCAAGAAAAUGUAAUGCAAAAGAUAGUAACCCAAUUAUUUUGUUCUGUAGUUCCUCUCUACACUGCACUUUCAUUAACCCCCAAAGCAUUUUUGAUUCAGAUUCUUUGUGCAAUUAUCAUGCAGUGUCAUCUUUCAAUCUGAAAGAACUACAUAAAUUAAGCAUCUAGUGUUAAAGGUUUGUUCUUUUGUAUUUUGUAUGCUAAUGAAGCAUGUAGCCCUUCCAAUGGAGGGUUCCACUCUUUUCUGCAUUCAAUAGUUGUUUUUGACAAGUGCUGCUCUACAGAUUGAAAAUAAUAUUGCCAAAAAAAAAUUGUCCUUAGCAAAGAACAUUAAAAAAAUUUUUCAUGUAUUUGUAUGGAUAUAAAGUAAGAUGGAAUUAAACUGAAAUAACCAGCUAGUAGCUCUCAUUCAAAACCCGGAUCCUUUUCACUUAGGGAAUAAUCAUUUUGGGUCUUAAUAAUAGUGCAAGCCCACAGAGUUUUACCACUCAAGUAUUCCCCAUAUCAUGGAGCCUGAGUUAAUUAAUCCAAAGUAACAGAAAAACGCAGGGGUGGGUGAAGGGAAAGAAGAUGAAUAGGGUGGAAAUGGGGAGAUGGGGAAACAGAGGGAAGAAGGUGAAGGUUGCUAAAGGGAAAUCUAAAUGAGUUUUCUUUAGGAAGGCUCCAGGACUAACUCAGUCUAAACUGCACUUUAAUAAUAUAUGGUUAUAACUCCAGACAGACAAACAGCAUUGAUGAUAUAGCCACCUUCUGCAAACACUUGUGAUUUUAUUUGUUUUGUUUUUGCAAAAGGUGCCUUAAGUACCUACAACUGUCUAUAUUUUGUUUGGUUGGGGAAAUGAGCUCACUGUAGUGAGGAAAAUAUUAGGAAGUAACACUGACUUAGAAAAUAUGGAUUAUUUCAGUUGUCUGUAUUGACAUGAAUUUUAUUUUUCUUGAUUCUCUAAAGAUUUGGGGGGAGAAAUGGCCUUUUUACUUUUUUUUUUUUUAAAUAUGAUUCUUCAGGUUUUACAGUUUAACCAAGAAGGGUGAAAGCAGUUUUAUUCUUUCCUUAAAUCAGCCCAAUGGUGCUAUUUCACAUACCCACAAAGCUGAAUGGAAGUACUGUUAUUUUGGGCUGCAGUGUUUCCUCCACAUCUGAAGAAAGCCCAUUCUGAAAGUAAACACUGCACUUACAUAAAAGAAUAUUCUCGUUCUGUGCAAUUCUUGAGAUUGGGCAUUUGUGUUAUUUUGAUUUUACCCAACUAUCUUGCAUAAACAAUUAGAUGUUUUGUGAACUAACGUGUACUAAGUAAGAAAAUGAAGGACAAGAAAAUGUCUGUGGAAGAAAAAGUUUGUAUAUUAAAAAAGUGACCCGAA